AGACACGCAAGCGGCCCUGCCUGCACCUGCGAGCCUCAGACGCUGCCAGGCGACUGGCAGGAGACUCCUAGUACGCCAUCGACGCGCUGCUGCAACCGACGAGCCCGCGAGAAAGCGCUCCUGCAGCCAGCACAAAGCAUCUCACAAAAAGCGAUGAGAGAGCACCUCUCCCACAAUGUGGUGCUAAACUUAAUCAUCGCUGCCUGCUGUGGCUUAGCAGACAGCAUCUGGACGGGGACCAUAGGAGUCGCCUUUAUCAGCGAUGUGUGGCAUACGAACAAGCGCGUGGGCAUCGCGACGGCGCUGACGGGACUGGCAGCGCUCGCGUCGGCCUUACCGGCCGGCUGGGCCGCCGAUAGGUAUGGAAGAGCGAAGGUCUGUCGCGUGGGCUCGCUGGCCAUCCUCGUCGCGGCGCCGGCCUACGCCUACGCGACGCUCCGCGCCACCGAAGGUAGAGACAAAGAGCUCAGUUAUAUCCUUAUCUGCAUAGCUUCUGCGUUUUUCGGCCUGUCGAGCGGCAUCAUCAACGGGCCGGCGCAGGCGCUCCUGGCGGACUCCGUGUCCACUGGCGCGCGGUCCAAGGUCUACACGUGGCUGUUUGCGUGCUACAUCGUCCCGUCCGUCCUGGGUCCGGCGAUUAGUGUUGGGUAUUUCGAGGCGCACGGCGACGAGUGGCGCCUACCCUUACUUAGGGAUUUAACGCUACUCGGCAUGGCGCUGGAAGUGCCCGUCGCGGUCCUGUGCUGCUGCUUCCGCGACGACAAGGCGCUCGGGUCGUCUUCUGAUGCCAUCCAGGACCAGGAGCGCGCCGCGGCGUCGGCGAGCGCUCCGGGCGACGACGGCGACGGCGACGCGGGCCGACCCAAGGCUUCGGACGCCGAGGACGCCCAGAACGACGCCGAGGCACCGCCGGACGAUCAAUGCGACGAGCGCGACGACGCCGUGGACCCGCGCAUCAAAAUGAUCCCCUACGUCGUCUUCUGCACGGACCUGGUCGUGGCCCUGGGCAGCGGCUGUACGAUCAAAUUCUUUCCGUUGUGGUUCAAGGACGACCUAAACAUGUCGCCCGCUGCCGUCCAGGGUAUUUAUUGUGGUGUCCCGUUGUCGAUGGCGCUGGCCUCGGGCUUCUGCACGGCGCUGAGCCGGCGCGUCGGCCGCGUCGAGGCCGUGCUGUCCGUGAGGAGUACUGCAUUGGUCUGCUUCGUUGGAAUGUUGGUCUGCUUCUAUCGAGUUAAGAAUGAGUGGCGCCUGAGAGGCGUCGUGGCGCUGUACAUCCUGCGGACGGCGCUCAUGAACUGCACCUACCCCGUCGAGGAGUCGAUUCUGAUGGACUACGUCCCGAAGAACACGCGCGCGCGCUGGAAGUCGCUCGAGUCGGUGUCCCAGUUCGGCUGGUGCGGCUCCGCGCUGGCCGGUGGCUUAUUAGCGGACCGGUACGGUUAUGCGCGGACCUUCGCGAUCACUAUUUGUCUCCAAGCUUCUGGCGUGUUAUGCUACUCGCGCCUGCUCGGCGUCGUCGCGCGCGAGAAGGCGCCUGAAGAGCCUUCCACGGAGGAGCCGCUCCGGGAGCCGCUCCUCAGCGAGGAGGAGAAGGCCGACGCAGAGGCCCCGUGAACGCGAACCGCGGCCCGCGACGCCGUCGCCGCGACAAUAACUAGUGUGUGAUUUUUAA